GGAAGAAGUGGCAGAGAUCAAGAAGAGGAGGGAAGGGAGGAGGAGCAGCAGCCCGACUGCAGAGCUGUAGAGUCGCGCAUUGCCACAGCGGAGUUUGGAUCUCGGUGAUCCUCCUGUUCUCUGGGGUCCCAGAGGCUGCUCAGCCCCGCUCAGACACUCGUCUGUCCUCUCCCGUCUUCAUGGCUUCUCCGGAUGACCCUCUGCGCUCAGAUCACACGGCCAAGGAGCCAGUGGAGGACACAGACCCCAGCACUUUAUCCUUCGCCAUGUCAGACAAGUAUCCCAUUCAAGACACCGGCCUCCCUAAAGCCAAGGAGUGUGAUUCAGUCGUUUCCAACUGUCCACCAAAUAAUGAUGAUCAACAUCAGGAAGAAGAAAACGACUUUCCAGACAGCACUGGAGAUCCCCUUUCAGGCGUCAGCAGAAACCAGCCAUGUAAGGAAGGCUGCUCGUGCUCCUCCUGUUCACCCCGGGUCCCCACCAUUAGCGACUUGCUCAAUGAUCAGGACUUGCUGGAUGUGAUCAGGAUAAAGCUGGAUCCAUGCCACCCGACCGUGAAGAACUGGAGGAAUUUUGCCAGCAAGUGGGGCAUGCCCUAUGAUGAACUGUGCUUCCUGGAACAGAGGCCCCAGAGCCCCACGCUGGAGUUCUUGUUCCGAAACAGCCAGAGGACUGUGGUCCAGCUGAUGGAGCUCUGCCGGCUUUACCACAGGGCUGACGUGGAGAAGAUCCUGCGCAGGUGGGUGGACGAGGAGUGGCCCCACCGGGGACCCUCGGACAGUUCCAUGCACUUCUAGGAUCCCCUUCUGGCCCUGGCCUUUCUGCAGCAGAACCAGCACGGGUCACGGGGAAUACGGACCUGCUCUUAAGAUUUUCAGAGGAGAUGUGGAAUGGGCAGCGGUUGUCCCUGAAGCUAGCGGCUGGUGGAAGGAUGGGUUUGGGUUUGGUGGCAAGUGUUUGUUUCUUUUUGCACAUCUGUUUUAAUUUAAUAUCCGAAACUGGAAUUGGGGAAGAAUAUUUUGCGGGUUGCAUAGGGCCAAAGCCUGUGGUUGGGACAGAAUUGUGCCAGCAUGGAAAGCAAAGAUUGCAUCGGGAUCCCAAACUGCUGAUGUCUCUGGACAUGCCCACAGCAUCCUAUGUAGAACCUUUGCACUCCCAGCCUAGCAGAAGAUGGGAUGGAGAAGUCACCGUGGCCUGUUCACUGUUACUGUUUCUGUUGUAAAGGGCUUACGAUAUAUGGCCUUUGAUAUGGCCUGGAUACAAGAGCCAGCUUCUUUAUUCAAACAUUUUUGUAAUCCAUGGGCUAUCAAUACUGUCAUUGAAUUUAGUAUUUUUAAAAGAAAUACAAAGUGUACAGUGUAUAGGUGAGCAGAGUGGUUAGUAAGUGUCACGGGAAUGGUAUUGGCAAAGACUAGUCCUCUGUUUUCCUUCUGGGGGCUGGGAGAGGGCUCAGUGGUUAAAGUGCUCACUGCAUAAGAUGAGGACUAGAAUUCAGGACCCCAGAACCAGCAUAAAUGUGGGAUGAUGUGGCAGCCCACCUGUGAUUCCAGCACUCAGAAGGGACUCCCAGAGCAAGCUGACUAGCCAAGGCUAGUCACAUGGGUGAGCUCUGGAAUCAAUCAAGAGACUCUUUUUCAAUGAACAGUGUAGAGAUUGAAGAAAAAUUUCCACAUCAACUAUAUGCACACACAAAUCUUUUAAAAUGCCAUUUGGGGAGGCUGAGGACAUCGGUCAAUGAGUAAAGUGCUUAGCUUAUCAGUAUGAGGAUCUGAGUUCAAUAUCCAGCACCUGCAUGGAAGUCAGGCACGGCAGUGUGUGCCUGUGACCCCAGUACCAGAGAGUCAGAGCCAGGAACUCACUGGCUAGCCAACAGAGUCAAACUGGCAAGCUUUGUGUUCAGGGUGAGACAUUGCCUCAAAAAGGAAGAUAAAGAGUGAUUGAGGAAGAUACCUGAGGUCAACCUCGGACCCACACACAUACACACAUAUACACACCCACAAACACACAUACACAGACACACACGCAAACACAUAU